GGUGCCCGUUUCCUUUUUUUUUUUUUUUUUUUUCCCCCAAGGCAUUUUGAAUUUUGUCCGUUUUGUUGGUUUGUUUUGUUUUUUUCCGUACGAAGUUGCUGCCAACUUUCGGUCGAUAUCCUGUGCCUUUGGGUUUCAUCCCGAAGCAGGUGCCCGGAGGAACGUGCAGCCGCUCCUGGGAAUGCUCCCACAGGCGCCGGUGCACCUCUGCUCGCUCCUUCCUUUUUCUCUGCCUUUUUUUUCUGAUGUUUGCAUGUAAAGGGUUAGAAACGCCUGCAAUGGAUUCCGCUCUUAUUUCUGAGUGCAUGAAGCUCGGAUCCUUGUAGCUAAAGCAAAGGAGCUGCCGAGUGAUGCCGUGCCGGAAUAACCCGCAGACCAGGAGAGAUUUUUUCACCAUGUUCGGAAAGAAGAAGAAAAGGCUUGAAAUUUCUGGGCCCUCGAACUUCGAGCAUCGGGUUCACACUGGCUUUGACCACCGGGAGCAGAAGUUCACGGGACUGCCUCAGCAGUGGCACAGCUUGCUUGCAGACACAGCAAACAGGCCAAAGCCUAUGGUGGAUCCCUCAUGCAUCACUCCUAUCCAGCUGGCGCCUAUGAAGACUAUUGUUAGAGGAAAUAAGCCUCGAAAGGAUACUUCAAUCAACGGCCUUCUAGAAGAGUUCGACAAUAUCUCAGUGACACGAUCCAAUUCCCUGCGGAAGGAAAGUCCUCCCACCCACCACCAAGGAAAUGCAAACCAUGUGCCGAGGCACCAGGAGGAAAAUGGUUAUAUCACGUAUUCCCAGUACUCCAGCGAGUCAGACACUACAACAGACUAUGUCGUGGAAAAGUAUCGGGACAAGACUCCCUACGGGGAAGAGUUCGACAGGUACUACAAAGGGAGCUAUGCCCCCAAGCAGAACGGGCACAUGAUGAAGGUGGCUUCUCGGGACAUCUAUUACUCAGAAGUGAUGCCCCUGCAGUCAGACCUCUCCAGGUUUCUCCCAGAUUACCACCCUCACCUGGAGACAAAGCCCAAACCACUGGAAUACGGUGGCCUAAAGCUGGAGUAUCAGCGGAUCCCCAGCGGAUCCUCCCUGGACUAUCGAGAUCCCUUUCCUCACAUGUCAUCCCGAGCAUCAGUGCAGAGUGAGUGCCCCAAGGAGAGACUGGAGUACAGUGUCAGUGACUGGGGACAUGGCCUGGGCAAGGAUGAUUAUGACAAGAGGCCAAAGUCAUCCUACGUGGAUCCAGCGAGCCCUCAGCCAGCAAUGAGGCAGAGGUCCAGGUCAGGCUCUGGUCUGCAGGAACCAGCCAUGCCCUAUGGAGCAAGUGCUUUUAAAGCACACCAGCAAGGACAUUCCUACAGCUCCUACACCUAUCCCCGCUUGUCCGAAACAGCAGCAGGCAUUCCCAAGGUGGAUUAUGAACGAGCACAGCUGGUCGUGAGCCCUCCACUCUCUGGCUCGGACACGUACCCUAGGGGCCCAGUGAAGCUACCUCAAAGUCAGAGCAAAGUCAGCUAUUCAAGCAGCAGCUACCACUACCCACUGGUCUAUCACAAAGCAUCCCACUAUCACCAGCCAUCUCUCCAGCCCAGCUCUCCCUAUAUUUCCACCGCCUCCUACCCCAGCUCCCCAAGUAUCACGUCAGGUGCUUAUCCUCCACCUAGCUGGGGAUCCUCUUCAGACCAGCAGCCUUCCAGGGUGUCUCACGAACAGUUCAGAGCUGCUCUGCAACUUGUGGUCAGCCCUGGAGACCCCCGGGAGUACUUGGACAACUUCAUCAAGAUUGGGGAGGGCUCCACAGGGAUUGUCUGCAUCGCCACUGAGAAGCACACGGGAAAGCAAGUUGCUGUGAAGAAGAUGGAUCUCAGGAAACAGCAGAGGAGGGAGCUGCUCUUUAAUGAGGUUGUAAUCAUGAGAGAUUACCAUCAUGAGAACGUGGUUGACAUGUACAACAGUUACCUGGUUGGCGAUGAGCUCUGGGUAGUGAUGGAGUUUCUGGAGGGCGGUGCUUUGACCGAUAUUGUGACUCACACGAGGAUGAACGAGGAGCAGAUAGCAACCGUCUGUCUGUCUGUCCUGAGAGCCCUCUCCUACCUGCACAACCAAGGUGUCAUCCACCGCGACAUCAAAAGUGACUCCAUCCUUCUCACGAGCGACGGCAGGAUAAAACUGUCUGACUUUGGGUUCUGUGCCCAAGUGUCCAAGGAGGUCCCCAGGAGGAAGUCUCUGGUUGGGACACCGUACUGGAUGGCUCCAGAGGUGAUAUCCCGCCUGCCCUAUGGAACUGAGGUGGACAUCUGGUCCCUGGGCAUCAUGGUGAUCGAGAUGAUAGAUGGAGAACCUCCCUACUUCAAUGAGCCACCACUGCAGGCCAUGCGCCGCAUCCGGGAUAACUUACCACCCCGGGUGAAGGACAUGCACAAGGUCUCCUCAGUCCUCCGGGGCUUCUUGGACACAAUGCUGGUGCGGGAGCCCUCGCAGAGAGCCACAGCCCAGGAACUGCUGAGACACCCCUUUCUCAAACUGGCUGGCCCCCCGUCAUGCAUUGUGCCUCUCAUGAGGCAGCACAGGCAUCGCUGAAGCUGGCAACCCUUCCGGAGGUCGGUGGAGAGCCCGGAUAGCAGCCACACGGGAAUUCCAGCAGUUGCGCGGGAACCGCAGGCAGGGAUGAGGGAAGCCUGGCAGAGGAACACUAGCCCUGCAGUAACGUGGUGUACAAGAACCUGAGGAGGUGCUCUGUGGGGCUGUGAGAGACCGGGAAGCCAUCCUGGCCCCCAGCUAGGUGGCCACUCCACCAUGGACCGUCGCUCCCCAGUACUGGUAUCUCCUCAGCCAUCUUGGCAGAAGGCACCAAGUGCAAACAAGGCCGGGAAGAUAAUUAGUAGAGGAUAGCACAACCAGAGUGAAACACCAGAGUUUUAUUGCAGGCUCCGGCCCUUCUAUUUGAGAAGAACUUUUUUUCUGACAAAAAAAUAAAACAAAAAAAUAAAAGCACUUUUUCUCUCAGACACAGCAGCGCAAUGUAUUUUGCAACAACUUUGUAAUUUUCUGUACAGUACAUUUUGAUAAUUUGCAGUACUUUGUCACGUAACUGUUGUGUGAGUUGAAGUCUUAAGUGUAACUUAGCAAGAAUUUGAGAAGAUAAAGUUUUCCUACUUUUUUAACCCUUUUGAAAACAGGGAAAAAAAAAAACAACACACAAAAAACACACACACCACCCAACCACCUUCGGGAAGGUAGAAGGUCUUGCAGAUUUUUGCAUCAGGGUGAGGAGAGCACUCAUCCUGGCAGCCUGAAGAGCCAGCUGCCCCUUUGGGUGCUCUCCUUCCCUGCUUCUCUCAGGGGGAGCUAAGGCACCUGGCCUACCUUUACUGGAGGGUCAUCUUCUCACGCUGGGGCCAUCCCUUCAUCAUCUAUCACCACGAGGCCAGUUUUGUUAUCACAAAAAUCUGUUGCUUCUGUGGCGCUCUGGAGGUGGACAGAAAGGGCAGGAGUCCGUUCUCUGGGCGUCCUCCAGAGCGCAGCCAGACCCUUGUGAUGCGUUACGAGAUGUUUGCCAUAUAGAAGUUGUGCUGCUGUCUAGACCUUUUUGAAUGUUGAUGCAACCAGUUGACUACUACAGUACAAUUUUGUGUUAUUUGUUGGAUGACUUUGCAUGUUAACUGUAGGCCUAAAUAGAUUUGCCUUUAAAAUUUUUAGAAGUGCUUCAUAAUUCUUUCAAUGAUAAAUGACUUUUAUUUAUUAAUGAUUAGUUCUUUUUAAUUAUGUAUAAUACAAAAGCCAUGUUUUUUCAAGGGUUUGUUUGGUUUUUUUUUUCUUACUGACCUCAUUUUAUGAUAUCAUUACAGAACACAAAGCCAAUUUUGUGAAAACACAGUUUCUUUCUUAUUAGGGAAUUUCAUAGUGAAUAAAUUAACUGUUAUUUAUUGUAGUAAAGUAUAACCAAACAUCUAAACCUGGCAGGAGCUGUUUAUUAAAAGUCUUCCUCCAGGAUUAAGAGUUGCCAAAAGUGAAGAAGCUCCUUGAAUACUGCCCUUAAAAAGUUAAAAAAUAUUUGAAGGGAGAGAAACAUUUUUAAAAAAAGAAACAAAAACAAAAAAACAAACAACAACAAAACAAUAAAAGGAGCUAAACAUGAACUUGAACAUUGAAUAAAUGUUCUUACAGAUAGAUGCGUGUCUUAUGCCCCACUGCUGUCUCUCUCUUCUUAUCCCUGUUUGCACAUUUGAAGAAGACACUCAAGACAAUGUGUUUGGCUCAGGCCACCCCACCGCAGAGACACUCCAGGACCCA